GGUUCGGUCGCGCAGUUUUCCGCACACCACUGAAAGAGACGGCGUCGUCAGAAGGCAAGGUCCCUUUCAAAAUUUUCCUCUGGCGAUUAAGUAUCAGGAAAGUUGGUGGCAAGACAUCCCUGUCAGAAGCACUCGCUGGCAGACAAGCCACUUCUGACUGAGUGAGAAAGUGAGUUUUAUUAAGAAGACUGGAUACCCCAUUGGGUAUACCGUAAUAGAGAAAGAGAGCUGGAUUGUUUGAUUUGUCACCAUGAGGGAGUUGCGAGUGGAGGAUGCUCUCCUAUACCUGGACCAGGUCAAAGUGGAGUUCGGGGACCGUCCACACAUCUACAACGAGUUCCUCGAUAUCAUGAAAACGUUCAAGACACAACAGAUUGACACUCCUGGGGUUAUUCGCCGAGUCUCCAAUCUUUUUCAAGGCAACAAAAAGCUUGUCCUUGGAUUCAACACAUUCCUUCCCGAGGGGUACAAGAUCGAACUGCCAAUGGAUGGAGAAGGUCCUCCCGUAGCAGUCUUUAAUGGAAGAGCCAUGUCACUCGGUGGCCCACUACCCCCACCAGUAGCGGCUGCUCCACAACCACUGCCCAGAGCUGAAGCCCCGCCUGCCGCCGUGGCUCAUGCAGUAGCGGUAGCAGCUGCUGCCGCCGCACAAGCACCCGGUGUGGCGGCGCGUCCCGAAGCAGUAACGGGGCAAGGAAUCCACUUGGGGCCGGCAGCGGCGGCUGCUGCUGCCGCCGCUGCCAUGCGACAGCAUGCACAUGGGCCAACAGCAGCAGCAGCUGCCGCCGCCGCCAACUUGGCAGGACAGCAAUCGGGACCUCCCACCAUGUUGGGACAACCAAAAGCUCCUCCUGGUGUCGAUCAACCAGUGCCCUCUGUUGCGACGCCAGGUGGAUUUGGUCGCCCUCUGUUGGGCCAACAACAACAACAGCAACUGCCCCGUCCUGCUGCUUCUCCUGGACAGCAGCAGCAGCAACAACAACAACCCACUGUCAUGACGGAGAUGGCUAGGGCACAACAACAACAGCAGCAGCAGCAGCAACAACAACUAGCAGCACCAGGUGGACGUGGUGCUGGUCCAGGUCUUGGAGCAGCCGCAGUAGCAGCAUCCCCUGGGGCAGGAAGAGGCAUACCUGCAAGGCCAGCGGGAGGACUCAUGGGAGGACUAGCAUCCCCACAAGCUGAUGCACUCGAUGGUGGAACCAUUGCUGGACCGGGAAGAAUGGUGGCUGGCGUCCCUCAGCGCCCCUCUCCUGCUGGUCCUGUGGCUUUGCCUGGUCCCAUUGCUCCAGGUACAGGGAUGAUGCAGGGGGCUGUUCAAGCACCCAAUGCUCAGGCACCACAACAACAACCGCCGCAACCACAGCAGGCCCAACCAGGACAGCAACCGCCAUUGGAGUUUGAUCAUGCCAUCAACUAUGUGACAACAAUCAAAAAACGUUUCUCAAGUGAGCCUGAAACCUACAAGAAGUUCCUAGAAAUCCUGCACACCUACCAAAAGGAACAGCGAGGCAUCAAGGAGGUGCUAGAUGAAGUAUCGCUACUAUUUGCGGAUCAUCCGGAUCUAUUGAAGGAGUUCACGUACUUCCUCCCAGACGCUGUACAAGCGCAGGCAAAGCAACAGCUGGAAGCAGCUGCAAAAGAAUCAGAAGCACGCAAGGCUGCACGAUCCUCCAAAGAGGCCAUCAUGAAAGUCGCUCAAAAGAUGCAGCGACCUGCUGAGCAGCCUGUGUCACGGGCUCAACCUGUUGGGGCCAUGCCCCCACGAGCUCCAUCCUACUCCGCUCAGCCGACGCCUGUGCCGGCUCCCUUUGGGGCUUCCCAAGGCAGACUGGAAGAACGCGAAAGGGAGAUUAUCCGAAGUGCUCAUUACGGUGUUGUCUCGUUUGGACCGGUUCCGCCUCCCAGAAGAGGCGAGUUGAAUCCUAGCCAGGCAGCUGCCAAGAAAGGAAGACCUACCCAUAUCCCCGAGCUGCCAAGGCAUCCAAACACAUCGGAAAGUGCAUUCUUUCAGCGCGCCAAAGAGCAUUUGAACAGAAAGGAACUGGCACCCGACAAGCCCGCUGGGUCACGCCGUCACACUCCAUAUGCCGAGUUCCUGAAAUGCUUGCACCUCUUUGGCGCCGGAAUUGUGACAAAAGAGGAGCUUGUAUUGUUACUGAAGGGUCUCUUCAUGCAGGGUCAUGCACCCAAGACAGGAAUCAACGCUGGCGGGGGCGUGUCGAAUCCCUCUGUUGCCAGUGACGCUCAUAGCUUGCUCAGGGAGUUUGAAGAUAUUCUUGUUGGGCGAGGUCCAUACGCUGAUCAAGAAACAAACUUCAAGGACAAGUCUAAGUACGGCGCUCUGAGAACUCGGGACUUUGACUUUUCGACUUGCGAGAAGCCAACGCCAUCGUAUCGGACCAUCCCAUCUGACUAUCCGCAGAGCCUUUUCAUCACGAACCCUGGAGAGUCGGAGCAAGACGCUUCAGUUUUGAACACUGAGGUCGUUUGCGUUGGCGUGGAAAGGAGUUCAAGGAAGCAUAUGACCAGUUCCCCUGAGGAUUACGAUGGCGUUCGGAUUCGGCGAAAUGCAUACGAAGAGAUGAUGUUCAAGAUCGAGGAUGAACGAUAUGAGGUCGAUAUGGCAAUCGAGCGCAAUUCACAGGCCAUGCGCCAGAUCGAGCCUUACGCCGAAGAAGUAUUGGAGAUGCGCCAGAACGAGGAAAAGGAUGGACAGCCUAUCGGCAGACUGCAGUAUCAGCUGAAGCGAUAUGCCAUGAAUACAAUCUUGAUCAACGCGAUUGGAAGGAUCUACGGCGAGCACGGAGACGAAGUGCUUCAGCAUCUUGUUCGCAAUCCGCUGGUUGUUUUGCCGACCGUUUACCAGCGUCUGCGACAAAAGGACAGUGACUGGCGCAAGGCCAAAAAUGAACUGCAAGAACGGUGGAAUAGACUUUACGAGGAGAACUACGAAGGCAGCAUGGACUACCUCUGCUACUUCUACCGCAAGGAGUUGGAAAGAAGUUUCGCCUCGCAUCAGCUCAUUGACGAAUGCAAGCGUGCCAAGCACUACAGCAAGCACCCCAACAAGGUGAAGAACCAUCCCGCUACGAGCAAAUUUGUACCCUCGUUCUCCCGAAAGUGUUCCGAACCUGAGGUUAUGCUAUUCCAGCCUCAUAUCAGCGUCAAACUCGGUAAGGCCGCUUUCCCUUCUCAUCACGAUGCCUUCAAGAUGAUCACAACGAAGAUCAAAACUAGCUCCUUGUACACGAAAGCCGAGCGAGAAGCUGUCGGUAGAGUAUGGGCAGAGUUUAUUUUGCCGUGGUUUGGACUGCCUGCGCAUUGGAUUCUCAACGAACUCCGAGAGAGUUUCCGUGGGAAAUUGAGCCCUGGUGUAGUGAAAUAUGCUACUGGCCAAAGAGUAAGGACAGCGUUUGGGGAAGGAAACAUCAUGUCCUACAUGGAAGGCAAUCCAUCCAUGGGGUGCCGGUAUCGAGUGAGGCUUCCAUUUGGCGUUGGCUCUGUUCGCCCAUCAGCGAUUCUGCAUUCUGUCGCACAGCCCAACGGUGGCAUAAUGGCGCGACGAGAUGGGGUGAUGGCUAGGGAUGAAUCUUCUGCUGCAACAGGGGACGAACUCUAUGCCGAGAAGCUGGACAAGAAGUUCCAACUGAUGUUUGCCACGGAGAGUGUUUAUGUUUUCAUGCGCAUGUACUGUCUCCUUGUGUCGCUCUUGACCGACACACGAGAAAAUCUGAAGGUCUUUCCACCUGGGGAUCCACCUGAAGCUGGCUACGUUGUUCCCACACCAUUGGGUAUGGGACGAUCUUCUACACCAAAACCACCCGCGGAUUUCUCUGGCGUUGUUUCCAUGCUUGAGAAAGUUGUGUGCCGCAAGGUUGAGGCGAAGGACUUUGAAUCCUACUGUCGCCGCGUGUCAAAGGAAAAGGUCCAACAGAUGGCCGUUUUGCCCAAGCUCAUUGACAAGUGUGCCGAUGCCCUACUGAACGUCGCCAAAGAAGACGCGCUUCUUCGUAUCUUUGACUACUGUUUGCCCCGCCAGAUGGACCCGGUUCGAUUGCGCUCGCUUUGCCUGGGCGUGACAGCGGAAGCGAAUUACCGCAUUCAAUACGAUUCUUCUAAGGCUAGGAUUUUCUUUUCCUUCUUGCCCGAUGGUGAGGCAAUGUUGAUGGUUCCUCAGGAUGAAGACCUUGUUCACGAAGAAGAGGAACGCGUUGAUGUGGACGUUACAAUGCAGGUGGCAGAUACCGAUCACCGCGCAGCAGACGCAGGAAAACGCUCAGAGAGUGGUUCGGCUGCAGACCUUAACAGUGGGUCCAGUCCUCCCACAAAACGUGUCAAGCUGAAGUAGUAGUGGGCACCUUCCCUCUUAUUUCGUAAGAGAUCUUGGAAAAAAAUUGAUUACUGCUGUAGUUGUGAUUCCUGAACAAUUAAUUAAUCCUGGAUAUCGAUGGCUACACACGUACAUGUACAUGUUCG